GACACCAGGAGUACAGUACAGCGAAGCCGGAACUGCAGCAGCCGAACGCCCGAACCACCCGGAAACCCAAACUACCUCAACGCAUCUUCUUCGCUAGUUCUCCCCGAUCCGUUACCCGUCAACCAAUCCGGUCCAGCUGACCAAAAGCCGGAGUCUUUCUUGCUUCUCGUGACUCCUUGAUCUGUCGAAUCCGUUCUUCGAUUUCUUGCUUCUUUGAUUCGCCGCUGUCGCUGCUGCUGGAGGUAGAAACUAGAAAGGUGGGGAGAAAGAUCGAGCAAUUUGGUUGCGAUUGGAGGGGCGGAGGAAAGAGGAUGCUGAGAAGAGCGGGCAAAGGGGAGGUUGCAGAUGGGUUCUACCAGAUUCGCUCGGAUUGCACCAACAAGGUCCCCGAGACUAAGUUCAAGAUCAAGGUUGGGAAAACAUUGAGCGUUCGGAAGUGGCAUGCUGCGUUUACGCCUGAGGGCCGUUUGGAUAUUGCUUCAGUUCUGAACCGGAUACAGAAAGGGGGUGUCCAUCCUACAAUCAGGGGAGAGGUCUGGGAGUUUUUACUUGGCUGUUUUGAUCCUGGGAGCACCUUUGACGAGCGGGAGCAGAUUAGGCAGAAAAGAAGAAUACAAUAUGCCAUAUGGAAGGAAGAAUGCAAAGAUAUGGACUCCCAUGUUGGUAGUGGUAAAAUUAUCACAGCCCCAAUUAUAACUGAGGAUGGAAAGCCUAUUAUGGAUCCUUUGGUUUUGCUCGAAGCUACUUCAGACCAGCACACAAAGCAAGGUAGUUCAUCCAGUAGUGGGAACGAAAAUGAGGUGACGAGGUCUGUAAACUGUGUGGUGGAUAAACAAACUAUCGAAUGGAAGCUUCUGCUGCAUCAAAUUGGCCUUGAUGUAUUACGCACUGAUCGAUCCAUGGUAUUUUAUGAGAAAAAAGAAAAUCUUUCAAAGUUAUGGGAUAUUCUAGCUGUGUAUGCUUGGAUCGACAAAGAAAUUGGUUAUUGUCAAGGAAUGAGUGAUUUGUGCUCACCAAUGAUAGUGCUACUCAACGAUGAAGCAGAUGCAUUUUGGUGCUUUGAGAGACUAAUGCGUAGACUGCGAGGAAAUUUCAGGUGCACGCAGCAAUCUGUUGGGGUGGAGAACCAGCUUCAGCACCUUGCAUCUAUCAUUCAAGUGCUUGACCCAAAAUUACAUGACCACCUAGAAAACCUCGGUGGGGGAGAUUAUCUCUUUGCAUUCCGCAUGUUCAUGGUAUUGUUUCGGCGUGAAUUAUCAUUCGGGGACUCUCUAUACCUUUGGGAGAUGAUGUGGGCUCUAGAAUAUGAUCCAGACAUGUUCUCCACGUAUGAACAUAUUGGUGCUGCAACUGGGGUGACUCCAGGAUAUAAGCCAAAAGUAAAAUCAAUGCGCCAGUUUGGCAAGUAUGAGAGGGAGAAUAUGAAGAAUGGGGCUAGUGAAAACGAUGGUCCUGUUCCUAUUUCCGUUUUCCUGGUUGCCAGUGUUCUGAAGGAGAACAGUGCAAAGCUUCUGCAGGAAGCUCGAGGGAUUGACGAUGUUAUCAGGAUUUUGAACGAUGUUAAUGGGAAUUUGGAUGCGAAAAAGGCUUGCGCCAUUGCAUUGAAACUUCACAGGAAGUACCUUAAAAAGAUUCAGGGAAAGAAGCCAUGACAACGCUCUCUGGUUUGCUCUCCUGGUUUUGACAGUCGUUCUGUCUUACUCCUGGUUUUCUCCUAGUUUGUAAAAAAGAUGUACAAAAUUGGUUCAUUUGUGGCUGGUAGAAUUUCUUGCCACUAAACUACAACCAGCGUACCACACACGGGGAAUAUUACUUGUGACAUUAAUUUAUUAAUGAAUGAAUGCGAUUAUUGAUCGCCGAUUUUUGAGUGAGAAACCGUUCUACU